AUGCAUUCAUCACAUGAUCGAAAAACAGACCCCUUUUAUAAGCCUCCUUCUUCAGUACAAAAGACAAGCGCUGAAAUAAUAAAUGAAGCGAGGAACUCAUUGAGAACACUAAGAACCCAAAGGCCUUUUACACCCAGAGAAGACCAGAGGAAGCUUUUUGGACCGCUAUCAUCAAGGACACCAGACAGCAGACCACCUUCUGCAUUUAGCUUACAUGCCACCAACUUUGAUUCCUCUGACUCAAGACCGGUGUCUGGAACACGUUUGAGUCCUUUACCACAUAAACCAAGGAUUCCUCUGUCUUCAGUCACAGAUGAUGAUAUUGUACCAACAAUUCCUCAGCCACCUUCAUAUAGCCCAGUACAGAAGCCCAGUGUAACCCGUGCACGCUUGCUUAGACCUACAUCUCAGGGAAAUCUGGUGACUAACUCUGAAAUUCCUCAGGUGGAAGCAGGAAAGAUUUCUGAAAACACAAGGCUCGGUACCGAUUGCACCUCCGAAGAAGACUCAACUUCCUUAUCCACAAAUAACCCCUCAAUCCAACUUGUUCAGAAUGUUAAUGUUACAGCAGACCGUCAAAGAUCUCCAGAGACACCAAGCCUUCUCCACAGUAAGAAAAGCCGGAAGGACAUUGGAAGCAAGAGCAGAAGCUUGCAAUGCGCAAGUAAAACUGAGGACACUGUACGAAUGGAUAAAGCAGCAGCUGAAGCUACAGGUAAUGAAUCCGAGACGGAAUGGGAGACAGAUUACUGGAAUGAGAACAUAUCACCAAUUCUGAAAGACCUGGAGGCAGCAGAGCAAGAUAAAAAUGCUGAAGAUCUCUGCAGUCUAUGUGUUAAAUUGCAGAAGACCUUGGAAGAUGGCAAUAUGUUGGGCAAGCGAUGCAAAAGGCGAUCUAUAAUUCUGAAGACCAUGUACAAGCUGGUAGAUAUUGGUUCCGAUAGACUCUGUCUCAGCCUGGCAAAGAUCAUUUUAGCGCUGAAAGUGAGCGGCAAGAACCUCCUGAACAUCUGCAAGCUUGUAUUCAAAAUAAGCAGAAGCAAAAACAAUGAUCGUCUUUUCCAAAAUGAUGACCUGAUGGGUGUAUUACUAGAGGUCCUACAGAAUGAAGAUGCCCAGGCUAACAGUGAAGCUUUCCUUUAUUGUUUGGGAACUAUCAAAUUUCUGUCUGGGAAUACAGCUCUCCUGAGUGACUUGCUUAGAAAACAAGCAGUGGAAAUUCUAAUAGAGUUAAUGAAGCAGAUCAUCCAUUUCAACACCAGUCUAGAAAUGGCUUCUGAUAUGAGCCAUCUGUUAGUACAGCUCACUGCAACACUGCGGAAUCUUGCUGAUCUUUCACAGUCAAGGCUGAAGUUCCUUGCAUGUAAUGCCUUACUUGAUUUAUGUAUUCUCUUGGAGAUAUACAUUAAUGAUAAGGACAUCUGCACAAAUGUUUCACGGAUACUCAGCAAACUUUCUACAUACAAUGAUUGCUGUGCAGCUCUAGCAGAUUGUUCAAGAUAUUACUCAGUGUCCUUGGCUGUACUGAACAAGCAUCUAAAGAAACAGGACCUUGUUGUUCGAAUAAUAUUCACACUCAGCAAUUUAACUGCCAAGACAAAUGCAGCACGUGAUGACUUCUAUAAAGUAAAAGGAAGCAUUAAAACAAUAAUCAAUUUAUUACAUAUUUACUGUGAACUUGAUAUAAAGAUCCAAAAAUCCAAAUCUACUGAGAAGGAAAAAUCCCAAGACCUGAAAAAACCUUCUGAAGUUGAAGACGUUUUGAUCAAAUCAGUAAGCCUGUUGGCCAACCUGUCAGUCCAUCCAAAUGUUGGCAAAGAUUUGGCUGCUGAUCAAAACUGUAUUUCACAUUUAAUUCGGAUUCUAGAGUACAAGUCGAUUGAUGAAUGCGAGGAACUGGUGAUCAAUACCGUAGCAACACUCAGUAAUUUAUCUUUCUAUGAAAAUUACAGCUCUGCUAUAACCAAGAGGAGGCUUGAGAUUUCCAAAUUGAUGUUCAGACUACUGCUUUCUAAUAAUAUGGAGGGAAUUCUUGAAGCAGCCCGAGUGUUCGGCAAUCUCUCUCACUACCAAGAUGUCCGGGAGUUCAUUGUGGAGAACAGUGUGUAUAAAUUCCUGGUUACAUUACUGGAUUCCAGACACCAAAAUGUCUGCUACUUUGCCUGUGGGGUAGUGACUAAUUUGGCUAGUGACCGCAUUAGCAGAAUCUUACUGAAAGAAGAAGGGACAAUUACACGGUUGGUAGAAUGUUUACGAGACUUUGGGCCUUCGGACUGGCAGCUGGCCACAGUGGUAUGCAAAGCUUUAUGGAACGUCAUUGAGGACAUAAAUGAGGCAGGAAUGUUUAUUGGUUCUGAAGAAACAAACACACUUUUGGAUCUCUUGGCUUCAUUUCUCGAUGAACAAAUUGCUCAGGAUUGCUGCAGGGAUGCAGAUUUACUGGAAUAUCAUAAAACAUGCUGGGAAGUAGAAUUUAAACCUGUGGCCGCAAAGCUCCUGGACAAAAUCCACAGUCAUCAUUCCUAUCUGGAACGUCUGCCUGAGCCUUUCUAGGCUUUUUGCUAAUUUUUUAUAU